AUGGAGCAGGAAACGCAGACCCGAGGCGGCAUUCUUUUGCCGGACACCGCCAAGGAGAAGCCGCAGGAAGGCGAGGUCGUCGCCGUGGGCCCGGGUCGCCCCUCCGAUGACGGCACCCGCAUCCCCAUGGAACUGUCGGUAGGCGAUAAGGUCAUCUAUUCCAAGUAUGCCGGUACUGAGUACGAAGACGGCGACGAAGAGUACCUGAUCAUGCGCGAGUCCGACGUGCUCGCCAAGAUCGGCUAG